AAAUCAAACCUCUCUCGUGUUCCAGAAGUUGAGCCAAGAGAGAGAAAGAGGAGAGAGAGUAGCAGAAAGAGGAAGCAAUCAAUCCACAGUCCCUGCACGCACUAUCUCCAAUUGCCAACAAUGGCUUCCUGUGCGACCACUUGGAGUAUGUCGUCUCUUCGAUCAGCCCUACCUUCCGUACAAAGGCCUCACCAUCAUCGUCCUCCUUCAAUCGGCUUCUCUGUUGGUUCGUCCUUUACCUCUCCUUCUUCGUUCUGCCUCAGAACCUCUCUACCCAAAUCCGAACCCAAAGCACUUCGCUCUUUCCUUGGCCUCGCUCCUCUAAACCCCCUUCUCUCCCUCACCUCUGAAGAAUUUACCAGCUUUGGCCACGGUUUCACCAUUAUUGACAAUGGGAGCCGAUUCUUUGCCAUGAGACAUGGGAGGAGAGUACCAAAACUCAAUAGGCCACCUGACCAGCGCCGCGCACUGUUGCGAGGCCUCACCACUCAGCUCCUGAAGCAUGGACGCAUCAAAACUACUAGAGCAAGGGCUAGUGCUAUGAGGAAGUAUGUUGAUAAAAUGAUCACACUAGCUAAAGAAGGAUCGCUUCACAAAAGGAGACAAGCCCUUGGCUUCAUUUAUGAGAAGCAGAUUGUCCAUGCGUUGUUUGCUGAGGUCCCAGAAAGGUAUGGUGAACGGAAUGGAGGAUAUACGAGAAUAAUCAGAACCCUACCGAGGCGAGGUGACAAUGCACCUAUGGCCUAUAUUGAGCUUGUCUAGCUACAAAAAGCUUUGCUCAUUCUUUUUCUUCUCUUCAUAUGCUAAUAUUUUGUUGUAGUGGAAUUCCCAUUGGACAGAUCUUUUGAGUCUAUAUUGUGCAUUCUGUGACUUUCAUGGUGCAUUUGAUCUGUAUGAUUCUUUUAUGUUAUGGGUAGUGCUUGAUGUCAAUUGUAAUCUAGUGUUCUUUUCCACAUAUUGGUGCAGUGAAGGGAGCUGCAGUGGCUGUGACAUUAAUAGUAGAGGUCAUUAAAGUGCGUUUAGAUCUCGUUUUGAUGUUCAA